AUGUAUCAGUAUACAGCGCUUGGAUCUGAGGAAUCGGAUUUCCGACUGUUGAGGCUACUGAAAGGGAGUAGUCCUGAAAUUGAAUGCAAGCUCUCUCUGCAGUCACUGCAAAACGUACACCCUCCAUACGAAGCUCUUUCCUACACAUGGGGUAGCAGCGAGCUUGUUGAGUGUAUACAGCUUGACGGAAAGCUAUUUUGGGUAACAGAUAACCUAUAUGCGGUGUUGCAAAACCUGCGGUUGUGCGAUAGGGAUCGCAUUCUGUGGAUCGACGCGAUUUGUAUAAACCAAGAAGACAAAGUGGAACAGAGCCAACAAGUUCAGCAGAUGGGACAAAUAUACGAAAAGGCUGAGAAAGUUCUCAUCUGGUUAGGCAAGGCUACGCCACAAAUUAUCUCCUUGAUGGAGACGCUCAACCAAUUUCGAAACGCCGAUUCUGGUUAUCAUUACGAGCCAGAAAUGUUCAAAGACUGGGAUUGGAAAGACCAUUCUAUCGGAAUAAAGCAACUUUUGAAUCGAGAAUGGUUUACAAGAGUCUGGAUCCUACAGGAGGUAGCCAAAGCCCGUAGAGCCGAUGUCUGCUGUGGUGUUCGAUCCAUUCCGACAGAAAUUUUUGUCCUCGCACUUUCCUUUGUAGAGCAGAAGCCUCCGCCGCACUGUCAGCCUGUGUUGGACAUAAUGGCAGAGUCUUUUCGGUCAAGUUCCUGGUGGGCACACACACGCAACUUAUGCACCCUUCUGCGCAAGUUUCAAGGGAGCAAAGCAACUGAUGAACGCGACAAGAUAUAUGCCCUGCUUGGUAUGUCUUCGGAUCCCCUAGAUACGAAGAAUAUUACCAUAGACUACCGAAGGCCGCCUUCCCAAGUUUUUCACGAGGUUGUUACAUAUCUGCUC